AUGGUCGCCUUCAAGCUCCUGGCCGCUGUCCUCGUGGCCGGUACUGCCACUGCGCAGACGUUCCGUCGCUCUGCCGCCUGCCCCAAGCUCGGCUGUGUGUACCCGCCCGACCAGGUCGACUUCAUCGCCGGCCAGACCUUUGACAUCCGCGUCGAAGUCCAGGCUCCCGUCAACGGAUCGGAGGCUUACAACAAUGGUGUCCCCAGCCCCGACUUUACUCUCCAGAUCGGUUCCAAGGGCUCCAAGCUCCAGGACGUGACCAAGUUCUUCGGCAUCAAGGCCGAUGCCGAGGUCGAGUCGUACAACUUUACCUACUUUGAGGACCUCUUUGCCAAGGAGGAAGGCGCCGCCACGCCCGUCAACGUCCUCGCCAAGUCGUACCGCAACAUCCAGCUCCACCAGCCUGGAGAGUACCACGUCGUGUUCACCUACAACAACGGCAUGCAGACCACUGCUACUUGGACUGUUCUGCCCCUCCCCAAGAAGCCCAAGGCCAAGAACAUCAUCUUCUUCCUGGGUGACGGCAUGGCCGGGUCCAUGGUCUCGGCUGCGCGUCUCCUCGCCCACAAGACCAUCAACGGAAAGUACCAGACCAUGCUCAAGAUGGAUGAGGCCGAGGCCUUUGGUCUGCAGAUGACCCACUCGCUUGACUCGUUCAUUACAGACUCGGCCAAUUCGGCGUCGGCUCUGUUCACUGGCAAAAAGAUGACCGUCAACGGCCUCAACAUGUAUACCUCGACCGGCAACGCCUUUGGCUCUCCCAAGGUCGAGACCGUCUUUGAGAUGGCUCGCAGGACCCUUGGUAUGCAGAUCGGUGUGGUCAGCAAGGCGUACAUUGCCGACGCGAGCCCUGCCGCCGUCUGCACCCACACCUCGCAGCGUUCGCAGUACACGGCCAUUAUUGAGCAGUACCUCACCGGUGUGAGCGGCAACUACAGCUGGUUCCCCUGGCAGGGUGUCGACCUCCUCUUUGGCGGUGGUGCCGAAAACUUCCUUCCCGGACCCGGCAACGGCAACGUGUCGCAGUUUGACCGCUGGGCCGAGCACGGCUACCAGGUCGGAUUCAACAACACCCAGCUCCAGGCCUUUGACAACGCGCAGCGCGCCCUGGGCAUCUUCACCAGGGGUAACCUCAGCACAUGGCUCGACAAGAAUGUCUACCCCGACACUCUGGCCAAUGCCAUCCAGCCCGACGGAACCCAGGGAGCGUACGACCAGCCCGGUCUCAAGGAGAUGACUCUCAAGGCCGUCGACAUGCUCUCCACCCGUGCCAAGAAGCGCAAGACUGGAUGGGCCCUCUUCUCUGAGGCCGCCUUGAUUGACAAGGAGAUGCACGUCCAGGACACCCAGCGCGCUCUCGGUGACCUCCUCGAGCUCGACGACACCAUCCGCGCAACCCUCGAGCACCUCAAGAAGAUUGGCGAGCUCGACAACACCCUCAUCGUCGUCACCGCCGACCACGGCCACGGCUUUGACGUGUUUGGCUCGGCCGACACAAAGUACCUCGCCAAGCAGACCACCGACCGCAAGAAGCGCGACGCCAUUGGCGCGUACAUCAACUCUGGUCUGUCCGACUACGUCGUCCCCGACGACGUCCUGGCCACCAACCACACCGUCUUCACCGGCGAGCAGGGCAGCGGCUUCCCGGUCACUUGGGACCCGCGCUACGCCAUUGCCCACGGCUGGGCGGCCUUCCCCGACAAGCGCGAGGACUUCCGCACCGCCACCAAGCACGAGCGUAUCCCCGCCACCAAGAACGCCGAGGCCGGCAGCGGAUACUUUUUCAACCCGGACGACAAGCCCGAUGGGUUUGGCAUGACCGGAAACAUGGACGGCACCGAGGCGCAGGGCGUGCACUCGCUCGUCGACGUGCCCAUCUACGCUUGGGGCCCCGGCGCCGAGCUCUUCCGCGGCGUCCACUCCAACGUUGACAUUGCGUUCAACGUCGCUGCGGCCCUCGGCCUCGGUCGUAACAAGAACGUCACGACCACCUACCAGAAGUAG